UUCGAGGAAUGGGUAGAAAUAGCGAGGAGAGCGGGAGGGGUGAGAAAGGAGCGCCUGUCCAGCGACGGCGAAACGCCACCAAUAGCGAAUGUAAUUUCAAAAGAUAGAGCAAUGAAAUUAAGAUUUCUCGCUUCCUCUUACAUUCGGACACUCGACUGGAAUAAUAUCGUGUAUCCGAUUGUGGGUCGAAGUAUCGAAAAAACGUAAUGAGUACAGCGCGUAGCUCGGCGCGUGAAAAAUUCGAAGCCCUUGCAGUGCCGUGUAUCCCAGUUUCCUGAGUACCAUUAAUUUAUUUUAUUUUUUAUUUUUUUAUCUGCAUGAACACGCUUACAUUCUGACUCUCGUCGAAACGAAACUCAUUGCCAUGGAGAGAGAGAGAAAGAGUGUAUAUUGUUCAUUCAUAGAGUUGUGGUCUAGUCGCACGUUCUUGGAGGUCGUGGAUAGAAGAAAUAAGAAAGUGGAGGAAAGGAUCCAUGUAUGGGGGCAUCCCCAUCGUUUCUCUCUUUCCUUCUUUUUAUCACGUCCGUCGAUAAUUGAUUAAAUACAUGUUACAAUGUAUUUAAUCAACCAUCCGCGUUCAAAUCAGCGGAUUUCUUUGUUAUCGAAAACUGAGAGAACAUUGAUGGUUCGAGAGAUAAUAACGUGUGACAUGAAUGGCUAUUAGGAAGGGAGCGUAAUCAGUUGAAUCUAAGUGUCACUGAUGCGCGAACUCCUGCUACUGAACAAGUGGUAGUUGAACGGUUCUCGUCGUCCGUGAGGAAGUCGUAUCAAUAUUCGAUUUAUGCGAACAGUCGUCGACUUAUUUCAAGAGCGCGCGCGAAAUGAACCGAAUACUGCUUUCCAAAUGUUGCGCGUGUGUCGUCGUUGCAUUAUGGCUACAUUUUCCUGUUAUUUACGGAUGGAACGACUCGUCGCAGCCACCGCCGAUUGAUGCAGUCUCUGAUUUAUCAAUCGGCACGAAGAAUCAACAAGGAUCAGUGACGAUUCGUAUAUCUGGACAGGGACGAUUGUUCGUAGAUACAAGACAGGAGGAUGGAAAACAGGAGGAGAAAACGGAUUGUUCGGUUGCUGCCGCGGACAAUUCCAUGGACGAUUUUCCCGUUGAUCUGUUUACUCCAGAUCAACGUCGCAAUGGGGCCGUCGUGUUACACGCUUUACUCGGAUUUUACUGUUUCGUAAUGACUGCCUUCGUUUGCCACGAUUACCUGCUACCAUCCGUCGACCUUAUAUGCGUCAAAAUGAACAUUAGCACCGACGUUGCCGGCGCGACCUUUUUAGCGAUGGCUAGUUCGUUUCCAGAAAUGUUUGUUAAUGUGAUCGGGACGUUUUUGACGCAGUCGGAUCUUGGUACCGGAACGGUGGUUGGAAGCGCCGUUUUCGAUACGUUCGCGACUCCUGCUUGCGGAGCGUUGAUUACCGCCCACGCGAUUCCUUUGGAAUGGAAAACAUUGACACGAGACUGUACAGUGUACGUGAUAUCUGUAGCAACGUUGGUGAUAAUAAUGUGGGACAAUUGGAUUACAUGGUACGAAUCGGUAAUCCUGAUAGCGUUGUUCGUGUUUUACUUGAUUGUGCUGUUUUCCGGCAAAAAAAUCAAACUGUGUGCUCGCAGAGUCGGCGGUCGUUUCUGUACCACAACAUCCGCGAAGCUGUCGAAUAUAGCCGAGAAUUCGGAGAAUUGUCUGACCCCUGAUGGAAUUUAUAAACUACGCUCUCAAAAUGACAUUUAUAUCAUCGACGCGGAUCAUAGAGAAAACUCUAACGAAGCGGAAAGGCGACAGGACGGUAUCCCUGAAACGACGAGCCCUACGCUGCAUUCCUUCAACGAUGAGGAACCAAAAGAAAUUUCUAUGUCCGAGCGUUUAUUCACUUGGCCAAAGCAAAAAAGUGUGUUAGGAAAAUUGUGGUACCUGUCAACUUGGCCAUUGACGUUUCUGCUUUUUAUAACGAUACCCGACUCCAGAAUCGAACGGUUGAAGAACUGGUAUCCAAUAACGUUCGUUGUAAGCGUCAUUUGGAUAGGAAUUACUUCCUAUUUGCUCUCCUGGAUGAUGACUGUGAUCGGUGAAACCGCAGGAAUACCGGAUUCUAUCAUGGGUUUAACGUUUCUUGCCGCCGGUGGAAAUGUGCCGGAAGUCGCAUCCAUAGCGAUUUUAGCGAGGAAGGGGGAUGGAAAUAUGGCUAUGAGUAAUACGUUGGGCGCGAAUAUCCUGGACAUCCUACUGUGUCUGGGUUUACCUUGGACUAUAAUGUGUUUGAUGACGGGCACCGACUUAAAAAUCGAAUCGGGAACGCUGUCGUACAGCGUGCUCUCGAUAGUUGCUUGCAUAAUCGUACUUUAUGCAGUCAUAUGGUUUUACAACUUUGAAUUAAACAAAAAGGUCGGCGUGAUAUGCUUGUUACUGUACAUGACAUUUGUAGUGUUCGCCAGUCUUGUAGAAAUGAGAGUGUUCGCACCCGAUGGUGGGAAGUCGUGUUAGCAAUGGAUAAAAUUCAACACUUUCGAUAUAAUCUGUACGUAUGUACAUUGUUUUCAUGUUUUUCAUCGACUUGUUAUAUUGUACAUACUACAUACCACUGUAAAUAUGUAUAUAUAAUAUAUAUAUAUAUACGAUGUAACGAUCGACCGAUCGCUGUCCUAAACUAAAAUUACAAAUGGUCAAAACUUAAUGACGAUGGAGAAGCGGGUCAACGUGUCGUGCAAUAUCGAUGAUGACCAGUCGUAACCGUUAUUCGUUGAUCGACGGUGUCAUGUGUAUUUUUA